UCGACGCACGGCGACGGCAAUGGGGCCGGGCGGCUGCGUGGCGUGGCGGCUCUCGGCGUUUCUCUGGCGUAGGGCCGCUUUCCCGGGAGCGUGGGCGGCGGCCGACCUGGGCCCCCGGCCUCGGCUGCUGGCGGUGGGGCGGCUUCCGAGGGGACCAGCGCUCGGCCGGGCCAGUCUGACCCCCGACCGCGCGCGCGGCCUGCACGGCGGGCCUGGCUUAGAGGAGCGGGCGGAGGGGACAGCCAGCGAGGAGCGCCGGGAGUCAGGCACAGCAGAUCAUACUGGUCCCAAGUUUGACAUUGACAUGCUGGUUUCACUUCUGAGGCAAGAAAAUGCAAGAGACAUUUGUGUGAUCAGGGUUCCUCCGGAAAUGAAAUAUACGGAUUACUUUGUGAUUGGUAGUGGAACUUCCACUCGACACUUACAUGCCAUGGCCUACUACAUUGUGAAAACGUACAAAUACCUGAAAUGUAAAAGUGAGCCUCACGUUAAGAUUGAAGGGAAGGACACUGAUGACUGGCUCUGUGUGGACUUUGGUAUCUGGAAAAUGAAGCUGUAUUUGGGGCACAUUACAGAUGAGGAAUGAUCCAUAUUCGGAAGCCUCACCCGGAGAAGAUGAGCUAGAAGGAAUAUAUGUCCAAGGACCUGGGGGCAGAACCACCAUGCCUGCACCGGACUGCUCGUCUCCAGACUGCCUUUUCUGGAGAAAGAAUUUAACUUACCUUGUUUAAGCUACUGUUAUUCAAGGUUUUCUGUCACACCCUUAUGUAACCCCAGGAUAGACUGCCACAUUCAAUUCAGAUUACAAAGUGGCAGAAGACACAUGCUUCUGAAAUUUGCUGUAUGUAAAGAACGUGGAGAGCCACAGCUGGCAGAACAGUACCUUAAUAGAUGCUCCUGCAAAGCGAGAAAGCUGUUUGAUGUGCUGCCCCUGCUUGCCAAUAAUGGCCCCGACGGAGAGUGCUGGGAUAAACAGGUGAACAGUCUCUGUUUCUGAUUGCUGCUGGAAAAGAAAUACAGGACGUACGUGCUUAUUUGAUACAAAUCAGGCUAUGUGGCUGGCAGAGGGAUGGGGGCAUUCUCAUACUGUAGGGAUAUUAGGAUAGUUUUAGGAAGAACCACCGCAGUAUGUUGAUGUGAGUUUAUCUAACAGGUCGAGAAGAUCUCAUAUUCAUUCUGAAAGCAUUAGCAUUUAAAAUGUCACUACACAAUUCUCUUAAAGUUUACAAUGUCAUCCAAGUUACAGACUUAAAAACUAUGUAAAUGUUACAAAGUUUUAAACACAUCAGGGACAAGAGUGUGCUUAAAAUUAAGCAAGAUUCCCCUAGCAGUACAUCCUACAUCCAAGACAGAUUCUUGACAAGUAAAUGAAGAACCUUACCAAUACCAUUCAGUACUACCCAAGCACACGACAGGGUUACAAGAAAACUAAUUGACUUUAGUGGUAAAAUGCCGUCCUUCAUCUUCCCGCCUCAAGCCAGCUGUGCCCUUCCUGAGUCUCCCUUCAAAUAGUCAUUCUUGAAGCGCUAAAGGAUACACUCACUCAAGAGAACAGUUCAGUGACUGGGUUCCUAAAAAGGCCAAGUUAGGGUUUAGUAAUGUUACCAGUGAGCUUAAGGAUUCUAAAUGCAGGAGCAGUGCACAUGUUUAUGCAGUUAACAGUUUGUUUACUUUCUGCCAGUAAGAAAAACAUGCUUCCAAGGAUAAUUAAGAAAUUCACUCUAAGAAAAUAUUUUAAAGUGUUUUUAUUUUUUAAGACUUUUUAGAGCAGUUUUAGGUUCACCACAAAACUGAGACUGUAGAGAUUUCCCAUAUAUACUAAGAAAUAUUUUAAGAUGACCCACAACUGAAUAAACCAAAGUAAAAUAAUAUGCAUUUGCUUAAAAAAUUUAUACCUCACAAAAAUUUCUAAAGAUGUUAGAAGAUAUUUUGCAAUAAAACAUGUACACUUGAUAAACUGCUUGAUAAAAAACACUUCACAGAAUUCUCUUGAAACUUCUUAUAUUCCUGGAUACUAUAAGUUCCGUUCCCAAGUACUCACAUUACAUCAGUACCCUAACAUGUACACAGACAGCCAUAAAACAGCUGCUGUCGAAUUUUUGGAUUUUUUAACCAAAACUCUCCCCAAAUUCUUAAAAAGUCUCAAAGACAUGCUAGUAGUUUUGCUUUCAAGGGUCUCAAGAACUAGGGAAAUCUUAGAAUUUGAUCAUUUUCAGUGGUUUCUGAAAAUCUUAGUCAAAGAAAACAGCAGCACUGGCCCCAUUCAUUUUCACCAGAUGUGGCAAAUUUUGUGCCACUUAAUGUUGGUCCAGCAAACAACAUCACCACUCUUACCACGCAAAAAUCACUAGUGGCAGUAACAUCUCCAUCUUCUCCCUGGAAGCCCAGUGUGGAGGCAGAAAACAAGAGGACUAAGCAGCACCGUCUGGCAGGAGCCCGCGAACAGAGGGACCCCUGUUCCACUUCUUGUCCCUGAGCACAGACUCGCUGGAGGCUGCUCCACAGGACAUGGUGUACUCUCACUGUUCGGCAGGAAAUUUUUUUAAGUUUUUAGUUCCCUUCCUCUGAAGCAAAGUUAUUUUUAAAAAGUAAGUUAAUAAACAGAAACUCUCUAGACGUAACAAAAGGCUGAAUUGGUUCUUUAAUGAAAAGAAAAGCCUUUUGUCAAUUUAUCAAUUAAAAAAUGGAACUGAGAAAAAGGAAAUGAUACCAGACAAGAUAAAAAAUAAGAUACAACCAUGUCAAUACUAAUGAAAAUGUCAAAAACUUUUAAAUUACCAAAAUCAAUUAGAAAAGCUUAAACUGUUAACUCCACAAUCAACUAAUUACCUAAAACUAUUUGGGCUUGGCACUUUAAUUGAUUUUUUUCAAGCCAAACAAUCAGGAAGAAUGACAAAAAUCCCAACGAAAGGGAAGACAUGGGAGACUAGAAAAGGACAGGCAGACAUGCCUCACAGAGAAAAGUAUAUUAAGUAAGAAAAUAAAUAAAUGGGAUCAUACUACCAAUUACAUGUUCUAAUUAGCUUUUUUACCUUAACAACACACCUUGGGUGUUUUCCCGUGUCGUUCACAUGUCCCUGCCUCAUUCUAUGGAGUUACUCCUUCAGAGACACCACAGCUGACACAUUUUCAUCCCUGUUCUGCAGUGCAGUCAGAUCUUUGUACAAAAAAAGUUGUGCCCUUGUACAAAUAUCUCUAGUUCAUAAAUUCUUAGAAGUAGAACCGGGGCCUAAACAUUUUUAAAACUCAAAAAUGUUACCAAUUACACAAAAAGGUUCCCACUCAGCCCACACAGAAUGGUGGAAUUCCAGUUAAGGCGUACAUUCGUGGAACAUUUUAAAGCCACCUUUGUGUUUUUUAAGUAGUCGGAGAUGGGUAAAAAGCAUGCUGAGCUAAAAAGUCAGGUUUAAGAGGAAGAGAACUACGAUCGGGGGCAAGUGUCUAUAGCAAUCCUGUGUGAUAAAACUGUGAGUUCCUCUCUGUGAGGUGCUGUGCACUUACAACUCACAACUGAUCCAACUGACAGAAACUAACAACAUUCCCAUUUUAAAGAUGAGAAAACUGAACCAGAGAUUAAAUCACUUGCAUAAGGUCAUACACUGACUGAUGUUGGAGCCAAGAUUCACACCUGGAUUUCCCUAUCUCCUAAAAUAUGUUCACACACACAAAGUAUAUACCCCACUUCCAAGGGGUAUGGAUGUGCUUUAAAAUACCCAUAGAGCUGCAGAAGUGACUCUAAAGAAAAAUGCCAAAUAGGACUCUCAAGGAGGUGCUGCCUUCCCUGGUUGUAUCAUUCUUCUAUCUACUUUGAAAUGACUUCCUAUGAGUCAAAAAAAUGUGUUACGUGUAGGUGGCAAAAGCUUAAGCUUUUGAUCAUCAAUGUGCUAAAAGGGGCAUUAGAGACAGGCCAUUAAAUUUUUUCUUGAUUUUGCAAGAAUAGGGGUAACUGCAGAUUAAGAAUGAUGUAGAGAGGGGCAGAAGGUACAAACUUCCAGUUACAAGAUAAAUAAGUCCUGGGGAUGCAAUGUACAGCAUGGUGACUCCAGUUCACACUCUAGUGCAUAUCUGAAAGUUGCUAAGAGUAGAUCUUACAAGUUCUCAUUACAAGAAAAAACACUUCUGUAACUCUGCGUGGUGACGGAUGUUAAUAACUAGACUUACUGUGGUAAUCAUUUUGCAGUAUAUACAGAUAUUGAAUCAUUAUGUUGUACACCUGAAAAUUAUGUCAAUUACAACUCAAUUUAAAAUUUUACCCCCAAAAAAGAUUAGUUUAAUUGAAUUACCAACAUAUAUGCGUAUAUAUGAAACUUUACUUGAACAAGGAACAGAAAAGAGGUUUGUUGUCUCAUCUGCACACACCCAUCCUAUGCAUGUGUAAGACACUUUGUAACUGAAACUUAAGCGUUUCAAUGUUUGUUUCUACUAUGAGAAUAGAAUAACUACAUCACAGAGUUGUCCAAAACAAACCCCACAAUAUUUAUCUUCCCCUUACUAUUAUUUUGCUAUAUCUAAGAAUGCUAUUUUAAAGAGCCUUUAAAAAGUGUGGUUUCCAAUUUUUCACUAGUUUAUAUAACACUGCAAUCAAAUCUUUAAACAUAAAUCUUGUACCCUCAGACUUCUAAGAUUUUAUGUAACGAAAAUGCUGGAUCAGAGCAUGAACGUUUAAAAUUGUUAUUUCCAAAUUCUCAUGCUAAUAAAUUUAUUAUACAGUCAAUAAAUGUGUUAAAGACAGGGGGAAAUCAUUUUGGUUCGAAACAUACCUUUCACUUACAAAAAACAAAGCAAUGUGGGAUUCUAGACCCCAUGCCUCAUUUUCUACAAAUAAAAAUACCUGAACCCUG